UAUCGCCGCGAUGCGUAUCGCUUCGCUGUCGACAGUAAGCGACUGAGCGCCAGUCCGCGUAUUUAUUCUGUGGCGUAACGUUAGCCAAACGCAUCAAGUUUUGAUACUUUAUUGUCAAAAUGUCAUUCAAGUAUAGCACACGACAGUUCAUCAAGGAAAUGCAAUGCAGACCAUGUUUAUGGAACGCGAAUGUGCCUGAAUAUAGUGACAAAGUUACCAGAGAAAUGGCCUGGGUUGAAAUUGGUCAGCUUAUGUACGACGACUGGGCAGAUGAUGACCCUGUGUAUAAAGCUCAAAAAGUCAGAGAUCUGCAAAAGAAAUGGAAAGGUCUUCGGGACUAUUUCACUAGAGAGUCCAGACUUAUAAAUAGCGGACAACGUAAACGUAAGAGACCAUUUUUAGAAAUGCUCAUGUUUCUAAAUGACAAGUCAACGCCGGCAAAAGUUCCUGCAAAUCACCAACCGGCAGAAAGCAACCGAUCGAAGAUAGCAAAAAAGAACAGUUACUCUUCAAAUAAUGAGACGCGUAAAUACCCUGAACCUUCAGUCGCAGCUACUACGCAACCUGCAAAACGGGAGUCAACGGAACUACAAUUCAACGAUCCAGACACAAACUUUUUGCUUAGUAUUUUACCAGAUAUGAAAUCGAUGAAUCCUACCCAAAAUUUUGAAUUUCGAUUCCAAGUAAUGACGCUGAUCAAAAAUAUAAAAUACAGUCAGCAAAAUUCUGAUUACUAUGUUUACUCAGGUUCCUCGAACUUUACUAAUCAAAUUCCGAAUUUUAAGCCAUCUAACCUAUACAUAGAAACAGACCCUAUUGCUAAUGAAAUAGUUACAGAAGAUCAAAAGGUAAUUAUACAAUGUUCGCAAAAUAGUAGUCCGUCUCAAUAAUUCAGCUAGGCGUUUUUUCUAAUAAAUAUUUAGUUUAAAAUCUA